ACUAGAUUUAGUUUGGCCUCAGUAAAAAGAAGAAGAAGGGCGGAACACAACGCUCGAAUGAUCCCCAAUGGUAGUUGGAGGUAGGUCGACCACCGUGGAUUCACCAUGAGCAGAAAGAAGCUUUGAACUACAAGCUAUGUCUGCCACUCAUCUUCGCUGGGCUUUGAGCCUUGCAGCAAGGCGAGCGGGCCCCAGCUGGACCGCCUCACCCAGGGCUCUUCCAACGUGCGGGGAGGAGAAGGGCUUCCUGCGUGGCCCCCCCACCGCCCCUCCGGGCCCCGGGGGCCACUUCUCGACGGAGGCCGGAGAGACCCCCCCGGCCGCCGUCGUGUCCCCUCCCAAGAAGAAGAAGCAAGACCCCAAUGCGCGGACCACUAUCAACAGCGUUGGCCGCAAGAUCCACCAGCGGCUCCUGCAGGUGAUGGGCGUGGGGGGGGAGAGCCUGGGCAACAUGCACCGCAGCGACGCCAUCCGCCUCAUGGACGAGCAGGGCCUCAAGCUGGUGCUGGUGGACGACUCCGCCGACCCGCCCCUCUACCAACUGAUGAGCGGGAAGCAGAUCCACGAGGAGCAGCUGAAGCUGCGUGAGAAGCAGAAAGCCAAGCCCGCCGCUGUUCAGGUGAAGGAGCUCACCUUUUCCUCGGAUAUCGCCUCGCAUGACCUUUCGACGAAGCUGAAACAAGUCCAGAGCUGGCUAGAAAAGAAGAACCACGUGCGAAUCACACUGCGGGCCAAACGCACAGCAUCCAAAGUCGCCCUGGACCAGACCCUGGACGACAUGGUGCAGCAGAUGCCGAUGACGGUGGGCUUCGUUGCCAAGCCCAAAGUCAUCAGAGACGGCAGGGCCAUGUGCAUUCUCCGCCCGCCCUCCGCCAAGGAACUGGCGCCUCAGAAGGAGAAAAGCAAACCGCCACCACCAGACACUACACCACAGUGCAGCGAGCCCGGAACGCCUCCCGAUAGCCCUGCUGGCCCUGCUGAUGCAUCCAAGGACCAGGCACAACAGUAGCCCGAGAGAAGGUCUAUGAACGUUUCGGUCGUUUUGAGAACACUCUACUAUGACGCUACUUUGUGAAUUAUUGUACGAGGGUCAUGUACAUUGAGGUACACGUUUGGCUUUAUCACCAUGCUGUGAGGAGGAAGAAAGGUUGGCGAUAAAAGUUGUAUGGGAUCAUUCAUUGCACUUAAAUAGUUCCAAAGUCUGAUAAAGGAACUAUCUGGCAAGACGACGGGUGAAAUUCUUCUUCUUCAACUUCGAGUAUUUUUGUGUGUAAAUGUCUCACCAGUUCCUUGUGUGGAAUCCUGCCUAUAUAGAAAGUCUGGUUAAGCAGUGGUACUUGGUUCAGGUUUCUUUUGUGUAUAUUUUCUGAUUGAGGUCUGACGGAGCUCUGCAGAAGAAGGAAAAUCAAAUUGCAAAGAUGAAAUUGAUAAUAAAUUAUGAAUAAAUAAAUAAAUAAUUGUGUUAGAAUGGACAGUUUCUACCAAGAGGUUUGUUAAUUAAUGAGACUAAGUUGCAAAGUUUAAUUCACGCAUUUUAAGGUAAAGUCGCCAAUGCAAUAAAUAAGGCCUACAUUUUA